CUGAUGGGGAAAGUCCAUAGCAGCAGUUUAGUGUCACUCACUGAGGACUGAUGCUGGGUUGUAGAUGUAUCACGCAUUUGUUACUUGAAGUGCUAAAAUUGAUUUUAGAUAUAUCAGAUGGUAUACAGUUACAGUGGAUGAUUAUUUAUUUGUUUGUAUGUUGCACAUGGCUCCUGGUCUGUGUUAGGUGAAAGGUGUGACUUUGGUUUGUAGCGAAAAUGCUGUGAAGUUAAUUUCAAAAUCAUAAGUAGAUGAGAUUGUACUAUCAUGGAGUCAACAAGAGGAGUAGGGUAAAAAAGACAAUAUGUACAGUGACACAAUGUUCAAUGACUGUUUGUACCAUGGUAUCUUUUUUAUAAUCACUGGUUGUGUAAGGCCAUUAUAAGUAAUGUUACAGAUCAAUGUUUUAUGGUAAGAUUUGAUAUUUGUAAAUCUGAAGAAAGCCAAAAACAGAGAUUCCCAUUUGGAUAUUUAUUUGGUUUAUCCGGUGUGUUUGUUUAAAGUUGACUUUAUGUGGACAUAAUGCUCUACAAUUACACACACCGUGAUUUGUUUAACUGAUGGGGGAACUAUUCUCCUAAAUGGCUAUGUAGUUUUUGAAAAGCACCAUGUGAUUAUUUGUUCUGUAAAGUAUAGGAGGUUGUAAGUUUGACUUUGACACAACAGGAAACAAUGUGCAAACCACAUCACAACUUCUUUGACACACACACAGGAUGGUAGAAUAGAAUCAGCCAGAAGAGCUGAGACUGGCACUUGGUCAUAAGGGGGUGUACCUGUAAAGUUUGCCAGCCUGUGGUCGCAGUCAGGCCCGAUCAUCUCGAGUGGAGGCCGAACAGAGGAAGAUGAGCCUGCAUGGUGCCAGUGGAGGCUGUGACCGCUCACGUGACCGCCGCCGCUCCAGCGAUCGCUCCAGAGACUCCUCGCAUGAGAGAGAAGGCCAGCUCACGCCCUGCAUUCGAAACGUCACCUCACCCACCCGCCAACACAACAGCGUGUUCUGUCUGUCUGUAGACCGGGAACGAGAUGGUGGCCCAUCAUCCAGGCCCAGUAGUCCACGGCCUCAGAGAGUCUCUCCCAGCGGCUCCAGCAGCAGCGGGGUGGUGAGCAGUCGCAACAGCAGCUUAUCGAGUACUGAAGGCACCUUCAAAAGCUUAGGAGUGGGAGAAAUGGUUUUUGUCUACGAGAAUCCCAAGGACGGAGGAGCGAGUGCUACUGUCGGAAACCGAAACAUUAGGACCUCAGAAAGAGUCACUCUGAUUGUUGACAACACACGUUUUGUAGUAGAUCCUUCCAUCUUCACUGCACAACCCAAUACCAUGUUGGGCAGAAUGUUUGGAUCUGGAAGAGAACACAAUUUCACACGGCCCAACGAGAAGGGGGAGUACGAGGUGGCUGAGGGCAUUAGCUCAACAGUUUUCCGAGCAAUUCUGGAUUAUUACAAAUCUGGGAUAAUCCGCUGUCCUGAUGGAAUCUCCAUCCCUGAGUUGCGGGAGGCGUGUGACUAUCUAUGCAUCUCCUUUGACUACAGCACCAUCAAAUGCAGAGACCUUAGUGCCCUGAUGCAUGAGCUCUCUAAUGAUGGAGCUCGGCGACAAUUUGAGUUUUACCUGGAAGAGAUGGUUCUUCCUUUGAUGGUGGCCAGUGCCCAGAGCGGAGAAAGGGAAUGUCACAUUGUAGUUCUUACCGAUGAUGAUGUGGUGGACUGGGAUGAAGAAUAUCCACCACAAAUGGGAGAAGAGUAUUCACAGAUCAUCUACAGCACAAAACUGUACAGAUUUUUCAAGUAUAUUGAGAACCGAGAUGUUGCCAAAUCAGUUUUAAAGGAGAGAGGAUUAAAGAAGAUAAGACUGGGCAUUGAAGGCUACCCUACAUAUAAAGAGAAAGUCAAAAAACGACCAGGAGGUCGUCCAGAGGUAAUUUACAACUACGUCCAGAGGCCCUUCAUCCGCAUGUCCUGGGAAAAGGAAGAGGGUAAAAGUCGCCAUGUGGACUUCCAGUGCGUUAAGUCCAAGUCCAUCACCAACCUGGCGGCAGCAGCAGCAGACAUCCCCCAGGAUCAGUUGGUGGUGAUGCACCCUGGUCCUCAAGUGGAUGAACUGGACAUCCUGCCUAAUCACCCACCUAGUGGGAAUCACUACAGCAACAACUACAGCAACGAGCCUGACCCUGAUGCACCUUCACCUGCAGUCUGAGGACACACUGGUCCUCUUUCAAUGCCUCUGCCCCUCUCCUACUCCUCUAGUCCUACUCCCAGCAUGCUGCAGCAUGGAGCGCCAGGGGUACCAUAACCAUAUUGCCUUGACACCUCCUUUGCAGCCUUAGAGCCUCAAGAACCUGGUUGACUGUAGAGAAAGAAACGCGAGGGACAUAAGUGUUGGACAUAAAAAAGUGUUCACUAUUAUUUUCAUUUUGUUUUUUACUUGACCAAAGGAAUUUAUUUUUCUGUUUGGAGAAAAAACAGUAAAACACUUAUUUACAUUAUUAACAUUAUUAUUGACAAUGUUAUUGUACCUUAAUUUGGUGGGUUUGGCUGAGCACUCUUGUGGCGUCACUGUUUUCUCACAGAUUUUAUUUCACUGAUGAGUUUGAUUUUGAUUCUCAUGGGUGGCCUAACUACUAAAUGUGCUUUGGGGGGAAGAAAACAAGACUUGCUAUAGAAAAAAAAUAAGACUGUCUGGUCAUGGAGAAAUUCAGUCAUCACCACUUAGUGUCAUGAUCUCCAGUUGAACUUCUCUCAGAUGUCUUUGAAUCUUGUAAUUGGGUAUGUAGUCAUUGGCUGGAUCUGAUAUGUGAUGUUAUGCUCCUCCCGCAGCCAAGAUAUGAAGCAGAGCACAAGCUGUUGUGGUCAGAAAAAUUUUGUGCAAAGCUUGAAAUUGUUGUUAAAAAAUAAAACAUAAAAUCAUCAAAUAAAGACAUCAAAAUAA